GCUGCGGUGGGGGGACAGACUGCGCAUGCUCACACCGCACAAAACAACAUGGCGGCCCCCGUGGACCUGGAGCUGAAGAAGGCUUUUGCUGAGUUGCAGGCCAAAGUGAUCGACACCCAACAGAAGGCAAAGCUUGCAGACUUGCAAAUCGAACAGCUAAAUCGAACCAAGAAACAUGCUUAUCUGACUGACGGGGAGAUAUCCACAAUGCCAGAAGAUGCUCGCAUGUUUGAAGGCGUGGGUCGAAUGUUCAUUCUGCAACCCAAAGCGAUGAUUCACAGCCAGCUUCAAGAAAAGCAGAAAAUGGCAGACGAGAAGAUCAAGGAGCUUGAGCAAAGGAAAUCGUACUUGGAACGCAGUGUGAAAGACGCAGAAGACAAUAUCAGAGAAAUGCUAUCAGCGAGAAGAGGACAAUAACAGUUUUCACUAUCAGUGAAACUUAAACAAAAUAUUUUACUGUAAAAUUGUGGCUUUACAAGAGCACAUUGUUCCACUCUGAAUCCAGCUACAUUUUUCUUACAAUCUCUGCUUACGUUCUCAUUCUUUUGUUCAACUGUUUGGUAUUUUCAGAAACACCUUAUUUUGGCUUCUGUGGAAAACAUAAAUAAGCAGUAAGAUUUAAGUUUUUUUUGGUACAGUAUUUAACACUGAAAUGUCAGUCUGUGUGUGUCUGAAUUUCAGUUUUUUUUUUCGCGACUACUUUUAAUUACCCCAAGUCUAUCACACGUCAACUCUAAUGUCCUAAAAUCUGGCACACAUUUGUUUCAUAUUGGGAUGUGUAUUUAUGAAUACUUGGUAUUUUUUACUUUGAGAACAAUUGUUGUAUUAUUUGUGGUAGAUUCAAUGAAAUGUACCCCCCCCCCCCC